UUGUUUUGUUGUUUUGGCUGCAAGGUGUCGAGACCUGUGCACCACCUCCUCCUCUGCUCCUUCACUUUAACAGUCCUAAUAUAUAUAAAAGCCAUAACUACAAUCAGGAAUAUACUUUAUAUAUCGUUUUUAUUUGAAUCUGCAGCUGCAUCCAGCAGAAAAAAGAGCCCAGGAAACAUGAAAUGGAUGUUCAAAGAGGAUCACUCCUUGGAACAUCGAUGCAUAGAAUCAGCCAAAAUCCGCAACAAGUACCCUGACAGGGUCCCGGUGAUUGUGGAGAAAGUGUCGGGAUCACAGAUUGUGGACAUCGACAAGAGGAAGUACCUGGUCCCCUCUGACAUCACAGUGGCUCAGUUCAUGUGGAUCAUCAGGAAACGCAUCCAGCUGCCCUCCGAGAAGGCCAUCUUCCUGUUCGUGGACAAGACCGUGCCUCAGUCCAGCAUCACGAUGGGUCAGCUGUAUGAGAAGGAGAAGGACGAGGAUGGCUUUUUAUACGUGGCUUACAGCGGGGAGAACACCUUUGGUUUUUAAACAAAACGACAAGACGCCAUAAUCGUGACCAGCGCGACACCCUCCCUCAUCUAAUCACCGCCCUCACUUGGCCCCCCUGGAGAAACGGCGGGGAAACCCCAGACAGAA